CUGAGGUACAAAUAAUAAAGGGGUGGGGUGGGGGUUAUCCGGUUAAGGGAGAUUAGAAAAGGAAAGUAAGAAUUGAAGGGCCAAAAAUAGGAAAUGAAUGACAGAAACGAAAAAUCCAUUCCACGGGUUUAAUUAAAAGUAAACCUCAUAAACCAGCCUAAGACACUACAAAUCCAGAAAGGAACAUAACAUAUAUACCUCACACAAACAACAAAAGGGUGAGAUUCCUCUUCCUUCAUUCCUUCCUUCCGUUCAACCUGGUAUUCAGGCAGAUAUAAAGAAGCAGCAGGUGAGAUGGAUGAUGCGGAAGGUUCAAGAUAUUGGUGUUAUCAUUGUUGUGAGGUGGUGAAUCCAAUGAUGGAGAUGGAGGUGGAGAUGGAGUCGGAGGGAGGAGUAGAAUGCCCCAUAUGUGGGAAUGGCUUUGUCGAGGAAAUGGAACCUGCAACUGCCCCUCCUGCCAACCCCUUUGAUGAUUCUGAUCGUGCACUCGCUCUUUGGGCACCAAUCUUGCUUGGAAUGAUGAGCAGCAACGCCCGUCACAUGUUCAGGCGCUUGGAAUUGGAACACAACAAUAGCAGCAAUGGCGGGAAUAAUGAGAGUGAGGGCGAGGGGGAGGUAGAUCGUGAGCUGGAGUCUCUAAUUCGUACGAGGAGGAGCAUGGCCAGACUUGUGGAGCUGCUGCAAAGCAUUCGAGCUGGACUUUUAUCCGAGAAUUCUCAAGUUGAAAGAGGGAGGGAGCGAACGAUAGUGAUAAAUCCCUUCAACCAAACCAUCAUUGUUCAGGGCUCUUCUGAUUCCAAUCCCAAUCCCAAUCCCAACCCUCCUCCUCCUACUCCUCCUCCUCCGGGGAGCCAAGCUGUAGGCGCCUUGGGUAAUUACUUCAUUGGCCCUAGUUUAGAAAUGCUUCUGCAGCAUUUGGCCGAAAAUGAUCCAAACAGGUAUGGAACACCGCCAGCCCAGAAAGGGACCGUGGAGGCUCUGCCAAUGGUGAAGGUCGAGGACGAUGCAUCACAAUGUUCCGUUUGCUUGGAAGACUUUGAAAUCGAGGCCGAAGCUAAGGAGAUGCCGUGUAAGCACAGGUUCCACAGCGGCUGCAUCUUGCCGUGGCUUCAGCUACACAAUUCUUGUCCGGUCUGUAGGUACCAGCUGCCUCCUGAUGAACACAACAAUGCUGAGCAGCCUCAAGGCAGUAGUAGAAAUGCACCAAUUCCAUGGCCAAUUGGUACUCGACUUCUUUCAUCCUCAACCCCACCACCUUCCCAAUCUAACAAUGCUUAUGCCUUUUCCUCCUCAUCAGCAAAUGCUAGCCACACUACUCAUACACACGAUAAUUAAAUUUGAGCAAUUGUUACUUAUACCAUGGACCAGGAGGGUUCAAAAAUUAUGUGUCUGCAAUUAACACAUUAUGUGCUUACAAUCUCAAUAUCAUAUGAUAAUUACAGACACAUAACAUGAUAACUGAAAGUUAUUUUUGGACCA